UUAACGAUUUUUAUUUCCAUUACAUUUUAUUUUAUUAAUAUAUUUUGCGCACAAAACAUAUGGUUUGAAAAAAGGUUGCGUGUAGUUGACUGACGCUCAUUUACAGAAGGACAUUCUGGCAACUCUUGAGUCUGAGCGCGCGAUAUUUAAAUAGAACAAGGACAUCAACAGCGUCUCUGCAAUUUGCCAUAAAAUCAAAAUAAGAACAGCAUCUCUACAACAAGACAGCUAGGAUUCAUAUGCAAAGCUCUCACUGUCUACCAGCCACCCAGCCAGCCAGGCCUGCUCUGCCACGAUGAAAACAUCCAAAUCAGCACAGCAGACGUCAGAGCAGUGUGGGGUCUGGUUUGACACCGUGGAUCUAAAAGUAAAAGCUAAAAAGAAAAAAAUGGUCCUUCCCAUCUCCAAACAGCUCAAUCCCCUAGCAAGAAAUGGAGGAUACACUUUGGGAUUAGCGUUAAACUUCACUCAGACUAAGAUCCAGAUGCCUAACACUAAACAGAGUUCCAUAACUGCAUUUUUAGCUCCGGCACACAGUGUUGUCAACCAGGCACAUGCAGAACCCAACGUGGAGCCCGCCUACACUUCAUCAUCUACCUCGACAGGAAGAAGCACCACAUCAACCAAUCAAAGGAGCUCAGGGACCAAACAUAAACAAGAGAUUGGCCCACAGCUGUCUGAGGAGCACAGGGUGGAUGUAGGCUGUGAGUGGAGCAGAAAGAAAAUGGGGGAGACGGAGGCUACACCAUGGCCAGAGGUCAUCACCCCCCCUGUAGACAUGUACCAUGCUUCUGAAGAGGAGAAAGAAGACAAAGGCACGGAGGAACCAAAAACAAAGAUGGACAUCUAUAAACACUCAUCCCAAAUGGAGAACGUCUCCCUGGGGGAGCCGUGUAGUGGGAAUCUAUGGAGCACCUGCAGCAGCCCACAGUACAGUCAGCAUCGCGCUGAGCCGGAUCAGAUGGAUUGCGUAACACAUGAGUCAGAGGAUCGGGAUGUUCGGACUCGAGCGAGGCAUGAAUGCACAGGAAGUGUGAUGUGUGAGAGCCUGCUGAGUGAAGUGGGAUUUGGACUGGGCGCUAGAGGGAGAACCUCCACACAGAGGACACCCGUCUCGACCCCCUGGAUGUCACAGGAUGGAGGCAGUCAAGAGAACCACCCUCUGUCGACUUUGGCUGCACGUCCAAUGACAAGAGCUCCCCUCAGCCCACUUGGAAACGCUCCCCUCAGCCCUCAGAACAGGUGGAUAGAAGCAAAUCCACAGAAGGCUGUUCUGCAUGGGCCUCUGAGUGACACGGAGAUGUUGUUCACGCAGGACUCUGAAGGCUUCAGAGUGAUAGCACAUCGAGGUCCCAGUGUGCAAUCCAGGAGCUGUCCAAAGGAUCACACUAACGUAGCAGCUGGUAGUAAAGACAGAGGACUGCCUACCUGUGUUGCACUAGAUCAGGAAAAUGAGUUUUUUUUUACCCAAGACUCUGAGGGAAAUGCAGUCAUCAAACAUUGUGAUUUUGUAUAAUAUGUGUGUCCAGGAUCUCUCCUUAAACAGAUGGUAAAGAUAUAUUAUAGAUUGUAUUUAUCUGUUAAAUAUCCGCUUUGUACAUAUACUAGUCUGUUUUCAAGCAAUGGUUUCAAUCAGCAAUCAUUACUACAGAUUUUGUUUUUCCUAAAUGUGCUGCUUGUUAACCAGGUAGUUGAAUACACUAGCAGCAGACACUGAGACAAGUAUUGGACAAUUUUUAUUUAUUUAGAAAAACGUAUAGUCACAUUUAUAUUGUAUUCAUUUGUGUUGACUUAAACGUUGUGAAAGCA